AAUAUCAUUAAAACCUUUUUACUGACCAUGAUGAGAGACAAUAGAAUUCAUUGAAUACAAAGAUAUGGAUAAGAAAACUAGUUGUUGAUAUAUGAGUCCAAAUAGGUGUAUAAAUUCUUGACAUCGUCCUCAAAUGGUGGAACCUCUACAAUGGCUCUAGUGAAGGGUUUGUUUUUGAUGUUCAUUGUUAUCGUUUCGUUAGCGACAGGCUCCACGAGUGAAAGCAGAGAAAAACUAUCUAGAAGAGUACACUUUCCAAUGCUUGGACUAGGACCAACUUGUAAUGGAUGCCCUGAUCACUACUGCGAUGAUGACCCGGCAAUUAUUCAUGGGUUUUGUUGCGGUUGCGCUAGAUUCUAUGAUAAUUUACCAGUACAAUGCAGUACUAGAAUUCACUGUCCAAUGAAUGGAUAUGGGCUCUGUCAAGAUUACGAAUACAUGAUGCAUUGUUGCUGCUGAAAGGGAUGUCUUUCGGGCCUAUAUAAUUUAUUUUGAGCUAUGUGUUA